AUGCUAAGAAUAUUUCUAUUACUACAUUUCAUUUUUUUAUUUAACAAAUUAGUCUCUUCAGAAAGAAUAGAGGAUAUAAUAACGUGUUUGAAGGGAACAGAAUGCGAUGAAUUUGCGGAUAUUGAUAAUUAUACAGAGACAUACGAGGAAGAUGGUCUUUCAUCAAACAAUUCUCAAAAUGUCACCAUUACAAAUUUUCCUGAAUCUUCUACAUCAAGUAUUAAUUUAAUUAAUACAACUCAAAAUCAACAACCCGAUACAACGACUAUUGCGCCAUCAAUUGUAAUGCAUAAAUUUAAUCCAGAAAUGGAAAAUGAUAGUAUAUACAAAAAACAAUCGGACAUAUGUGAAUGCGAUUUAACUGUGGCAUCGUGCGACAUCAAUUGUUGCUGUGAUAUGGACUGCAAAGAUCAUCAUUUAAAAGUAUUCACUCAUUGUAAAGAUUAUCAUACAGAAUUGUAUGAUAGUCGUUACUGUUACAGUAGAAACUUUAUUGAGAGAAAUAAUACUCCUUUUAUUCUGGAAAAAUUAGCUAAUAAUUUGUUCUGCAUUCUUUACGACAAUCUUCCACCUGUAUACAGUGUUAAUAAUAACUUAGCCAUUAAUAAUCAAAAAGAUUUAUGGAAAGAGAUAAACAAAGACAAACCAAAAUGGAAAUUUGAAUAUCAGCAAAGUAUGUUCAUGUAUAAUAUCACUAGUAUUUAUAAAGAAGGAGAUCUUGUAUGGAAAUUACAAAAUAAUUAUAUAAAACCUUUAGAAUUACUACAAACGGGCUUUACAGGAAAAUGUUCGUUUAAGAAAACAAUUAAAUAUCUCCAUAAAUGGAAAGAUUCUUGUAUGCAAGUUGAAUUAACCGAUACAAACCCAUUCUUGUUUCCUUCAGCGUAUAAUAAUUUUACGAUUAUUAAAUCUUUGGAUUUGUUUAAUCAAACUUACAUUCUUUUGUCUGAUCAAAGCUGUCCAAAGAACGUAUGUUUAUCUCCGAUCAAUCAUUAUUGUAAGAACUCUUGGAAUACUUGUAAUGACAAAGAAAUAUUGGGUUCUUGCACAAAGGGAAUUUGUCAAAAUAUUAUUAAAGGAGUAAAAUAUGUAAUAAGCCAUAAUGGUACUGCAGGUAUAGAUUCUAUUGAUAUACAUUUUCUAAUGGUUAAUAUUUCUCAACAAUUCUAUCAAUCCUUCGAGGUAAGUUACGAAUGGAACGAUCAGAAUGAAAAAACAAUAUUUGAACGUAGUGGUAAUCCUGGUUAUAUUCGUGGAAAACCAUUAAUCAUUGGUACCAUAAUGACAAAUAAAAGUAAUAAUAUAGAAUUUCAUUACAUUAGUUUUAACAAAAGUAAAAGUUUUUUAACAUUGCCAUUAGGAGAACAAAAUCGUGAAUGUAGUCAAAUUAAUAGACAUGUCGUAGCCUUCGGAGAAGACAUCAAAUUGAAAUGUUCUCUGACAUUAAAUACGAUUAAUUUUACUACAACAACUUGUAUAGAAUUGUAUAACAAAACAUUAAGUAUCUUAAUGGAUGAUACUUUGAUUAAUGUAACACAAGCCGAUCGAUAUCCAAUAUAUAUAUCAAAGUUAGGUAAUUUUACAAAUAACGAUACUUCUGCAUGGAUAAAAAUCUUAAUUGAUAGAUUACCUCAGCACGUAAUAACAGGUCAAAUUUUUAAUGAUUGGAUUAAAUGUUCAGGAUUAAUAACUUCUAUAAAAUAUGAUAUAUUAUAUUCCGUAUUAUCUAAACCAGAAAGUUUAACGAAUUAUGAUAUAUUAGGGAUGGGUAUUACAUUUUCCGACGAGAGAGAUUUAUUUUGGUCAAAAUGUAUAAACAAAAAUUGUACAGAUGUGCUUCAAAUCGACAUUACCAGUUUCGUAAACUUUCAUGAUAUAUCUAAGCCAUCCCGAUAUUAUUUCGCAGGUGGUCCAAAUUUAGACCUGACAUUACCCUACGACUUCUUUUAUCCAUUUCUAAAUAACGGAGAUAUAAAAAUAAAACCGUCCAUUAGUUUAAUAUAUAUCGUAGUUAUAGUUUUAUACGUCGUUGAUAUAAUGUAAUAAUAAGUGCACUCUGUGAUUAUAAUAUUUCUCGUUAUUUAUUUACACUAUCUCUCUCUCUCUCUCUCUCUCUAUAUAUAUAUAUAUAUCCAUUGUAUAUCGAAUUAAAGCUAACGUUAUAUUUUGUACGUGCACCAAAAAAAAAAAAAAAAAACAAAAAAAAAAAGAGAAUUGUAAUGUAUGAGACACCAGAACGAAAAUAAUGUAUAAUAAAUAUUUUUGGUAUUUUCAUUAAAAUUAAUAUUUACACGUAACAGCACUAACUUUCGUAAUAAUUCUUCUUCCAAUCGUCAUUUAAUAUCACUUUUGACAAGAUCAUAAAUGUAUUUUACGUUUAUACUAUGAAUAUAUUAACCUAUUCGAUAUAAUAUUGUAUAGUAUAUAGAAUAGAAAAUUUCACGAAGAAAUUAUAUAUUACGAUUCGACCAAUAAAAGAUUAAAUCAUUCUUUAUGCGUUAUUUUACAAUUGGAGAAACUAUUGGAUCAUUUUCAUAGAUUUGCGCCCUCUGGCGUGAUAACUGAUCAUUACAUAGUAAAAGCAGAAACUACAUUAUAUAUAUAUAUAUAUAUAUAUAUAUAUAUAUAGGAAGAAAGAUAAGGAGCGAGUGAGAGAGAAAGAGAUAUAUAUAUAUAUAUAUAUAUAUAAUGACAUAGAGAGAGUAAAAGAUAGAACGAUAAGCGCGCAAAGCAGUUGCGUCGUCAUUGACCAAUCAGAGCUUACGAUCGAUCCCACCUACCAAUCUCAGUGCGGCCAUUCCCUUCACUCGACCGUCAGUACGAACUCGGCAGCCUCGCGGUGCACUGUGGGAGAAUUGGGUUGUGCUUCGGCUGGAUACAAGAUGGCUGACACUUGUUAGCCACCAGUGUAUUUUUGUUCGAUUCAAUGUGCAUUUAAAGUUUUUAAAAGGAAAAAAAAAAGAAAAAAUAAAUAUAUAUAGAAAGAGAGAGAGAGAGAGAGAAAGAGAAAGAGAAAGAGAGAGAGA